AUGGCGGGGGGUCCUCCUUGCCUACUUCCUUCAUCCUGCCUCCCGCCCCCCUGCCCAGGAGUCUGGGGUACAGAUACAGAGGAGCGCCUGGUGGAACACCUCCUGGACCCCUCCCGGUACAACAAGCUCAUCCGCCCGGCCGCCAAUGGCUCUGAGCUAGUGACCGUGCAGCUCAUGGUGUCCCUGGCCCAGCUCAUUAGUGUGCACGAGCGGGAGCAGAUCAUGACCACAAAUGUCUGGCUGACCCAGGAGUGGGAGGACUAUCGGCUCACCUGGAAGCCUGAGGAGUUUGACAACAUGAAGAAAGUUCGGCUCCCGUCCAAACACAUCUGGCUCCCAGAUGUAGUUCUGUACAACAAUGCUGACGGCAUGUACGAGGUGUCCUUCUAUUCCAACGCCGUGGUCUCCUACGACGGCAGCAUCUUCUGGCUGCCGCCCGCCAUCUACAAGAGCGCCUGCAAGAUCGAGGUGAAGCACUUCCCGUUCGACCAGCAGAACUGCACCAUGAAGUUCCGCUCGUGGACCUACGACCGCACGGAGAUCGACCUGGUGCUCAAGAGUGACGUGGCCAGCCUGGACGACUUCACCCCCAGCGGCGAGUGGGACAUCGUGGCGCUGCCCGGCCGGCGCAACGAGCACCCGGACGACUCCACGUACGUGGACAUCACGUACGACUUCGUCAUCCGCCGCAAGCCGCUCUUCUACACCAUCAACCUCAUCAUCCCGUGCGUGCUCAUCACCUCGCUGGCCGUCCUCGUCUUCUACCUGCCGUCCGACUGCGGCGAGAAGAUGACGCUGUGCAUCUCCGUGCUGCUGGCGCUCACCGUCUUCCUGCUGCUCAUCUCCAAGAUCGUGCCGCCCACCUCCCUGGACGUGCCGCUGGUCGGCAAGUACCUCAUGUUCACCAUGGUGCUCGUCACCUUCUCCAUCGUCACCAGCGUGUGCGUGCUCAACGUGCACCACCGCUCGCCCAGCACGCACACCAUGGCGCCCUGGGUCAGGGUCGUCUUCCUGGAGAAGCUGCCCGCGCUGCUCUUCAUGCAGCAGCCGCGCCACCGCUGCGCCCGCCAGCGCCUGCGUCUGCGGCGGCAGCAGCGCGAGCGCGAGGCGGGCGCCCUCCUCUUCCGGGAAGCCCCCGGGGAGUCGUAUUCCGGGCCGGCGCGCGGCGGGUCGGGGGCGGGCGGCUGCGGCCUCCGCGCGGCGGUGGACGGCGUGCGCUUCAUCGCGGACCACGUGCGCAGCGAGGACGACGACCAGAGCGUGAGUGAGGACUGGAAGUAUGUCGCCAUGGUGAUCGACCGCCUCUUUCUCUGGAUCUUCGUCUUUGUCUGUGUUUUUGGCACAGUCGGCAUGUUCCUGCAGCCCCUCUUCCAGAACUACUCCCCUGCCCGCUUCCUGCAGGCCGACCGCUCGGCCCCCAGCUCCAAGUGAGGCCGCCGGCUCCACGCUCCACCUCACCCUCCGUGCUUGGUUGGUCUGGUCGUUUUAGGCGGAGGAGGACGAGU